UUCAUUCUCUCCCAGAACCUGGGAAUUGCCGGCUCUGGGAUCAUCCCUGGGGGCGCUUCCUGGCGGGAUCGUGCCUCUGGAAAAGCCGCGCCCGCCCGGCCGGGAAUUCCAUGUGGGCAGUGUUUGUUCCCAGCUGAGUAAUCCCGGGAUUUGGAGGCAGCGCUGGAAAACGCCGCAUCCAGCGGCGGCUCCGAGCAGCGCCCCGUUCCCGGUGUUCCAGGGCUUUUCCUGGAGCUGCCUCACACCGGAGCUGGCAGAGAGCGGAGGUGGAGCUGCCAGCGCCAGGAUCGGGCCGUCCUGAUCCCGGUAUCCUGUGGGAGCAGUGCCAUUCCUGCGGGAUGUGGCCUUGAGGGCUUUGGGGUGCCGUCCUGUGGAAGCUGAGCUGGGAAAUCCCGGGAUCCAGAGCCGGCCAUGCCGAGCCCCACGGCCCGGCUGCUCCGCGCCCACCAGGUGCCCGAGAGUUACCGGGAGCCGGGAAUUCUCUCCGGGUACCGCCCGCCCCGGAGCUCGGCCUGCGAGUGCCUGCUCAGCCUCUUUGGGAUGAACAACGAGACCCUCAACAUCUGGACACACCUGGUGCCCGCCGGGUAUUUCCUGUGGCUGCUGCUGGCGCGGCUCCGGGACUGGGGCUCGGAGGCCGGGGCGGGGCCGUUCCUGGCCUACCUGGGCACGUGCGCGCUGUACCCGCUGGCCUCGAGCGCUGCCCACGCCCUGGGCGCGCUGGGCGGGCGCGGCCGGCACCGCGCCUACUGCUGCGACUACGCCGCGCUCAGCCUCUACGGCCUGGGCUCGGCGCUGGCGUAUUCCGCCUACGUCUUCCCACUGGAAUGGGUCGGGAGCACAUUCCAUGAUUUCUACGUUCCCGUGGCCGUGCUCAACUCCGUGCUCAGCACUGGGCUGUCCUGCUAUUCCAGGUUUCUGGAGGCGGAGCGGCCCCGCCUGAGCAAAGCCUUCCGAACUUUGGCCUUUGUGUAUCCCUACAUUUUCGACAGCAUCCCAGUUUUUUACAGGCUGUCCCGGAGCGCGGCCGGGAGCUGCUCCGAAGGCUCGCUCCCGCUGCAUUCCCGGCACAGCCUCUGCGCCCUCCUGACCUUCCUGAGCUUCACCUCCCACCUGCCCGAGCGCCUGGCGCCGGGGAGCUUCGACUUCAUCGGGCACAGCCACCAGGUUUUCCACAUCUGCGGGAUCCUGGGAACGCUCUUCCAGCUGGAAGCCAUCUCCAUGGACAUGGCGGAGCGGCGGGGCCGCCUCCCGCUUCCCUCUUCCCUGGAAACCUUCGGAUCCCUGGGAAUGGGAGCGGCCGCCAGCCUGGCCAUCCUCGGGGUCUGCUUCCGCAGCCUCCGCCCGGAGCCUCCUUCCCGGGAAAAAUCCCACUAGAAUCAGGGAUUGCCUCGGGUUUCCGGCAGCAGUCCCAUUCCAGAGGUGUCCAUGGGGGAAUUGAAUCACCUGGAAAUAUUUCUUUGGGAAUUUCCCAAGGGAAAACUACACCGGUUUUAUACGUGGAUGGGCUGGGAAACGCUUCCCAUCCCGUUGUUAUCCACAGGGAAAGCGUCGAAUAAUCAGGAUUUGAUCCCUGAAAAGGGAGGGAAGCACUCCUGCUUCCCAAAGAAUCUGGGAUCCCUCAGGUCUGCCUUGGGGAGAAAUCCAGGGAAUGUUGGCAUUGCCAGCUGGGAGAUUCCCGGUGAAGCCAAGCACUCCCUGAUUCUCAUUUUCCCCUUGGAUGGAUGUGGCAUUCCUUUGGAAUUCCGAGCCUUGCACUCAGCCCAAGUGCCUGGAGAGGUGGGAUGGAGGGACUGGAGUUUCCCUCCCGGUUUCAUUCCCACUGGUUUUACUCUUUAUCUGGGAAAAGGGAUUCCAGGAGAGCUCCAACGGGAUGUUCCCGCAGGAAAGCUCUUCCAGGGUCUCAUUCCGGGAAAUCCGGAGGAGUUCAAUGCUGUGGGAAUUCCCAAUUUCCACAGGGAGGGAUGGAAUUAAGGAAUUCCAUCCUGGAUCCUGGGAUUGGGGGUGGGAGAUGGGAGAGCUCCACACCCCAGCUUUGUGGGAUUUGGGAUCCUUUAGGAAAAGGUUUUGAAUGUUUUGGGAUUGGGAUUUGUGAGGAGAUGCCAGGAGAAAAGCAGGAUUUGGGACAGCUCAAGGGUUAAAAGCACCCUGGAAUUGUAAAGAAUUCCCAGGAUUUUCCCUCUGCCAUUCCCUGUUUUCCUUCCCUGCUGCUCCUGGAUUUUGCAGGAAGAGCCCAGAGCUCCAGGCUUUUCCAGGAUCCAGGAUUUCCCUGUGGGAACACAGCACACACUUUAUUCUUUGGGAAUAUUUUCCUGGAUAAUCCCACGGCUCUUCCAUUAAUUUCCUUUAAUUGCCUUUGCCGAGGUCUGACUGCUGCACUUUGGGAGCUGCUGGAAUUUGGGAUAUCACAAUAAAAUCUGGGAUGAACGGGUUAAAUACGGGAUAAAUCAAUCCUUGGGAAUGCUGAGCGGGAUUUUCAGGAUAUUUAUAAGCACUGGAAUUGUUUUUCUCCAACGGUUUUAUUAAAUUAAUAUAAAUCACUGAUUUUAUUCUGCUUAAUAAUAAAAAUAUUCCUG